GUGCCGACCAAACACGCCGUUUGCAUUACACAUUUUUAUUAGUAUCACCCGUGGUUUCUCUGGUCGCCAACUCCACUGCGGAUGCGCCCUUGGCCACCUUGUCCUCUUGCAGUAUCGUGUUGACUCCCCCAAGACAUAGCGCUCUUCCCUAUCAUUAUUCACUGGUCAUGCGCCCGCGAUCGGAAGACCAAGUCUGAAGAAAAAGAUAAGCGAUCGACGAUGACGCCGGGGAAUCGUGGAGUGCGCAGGGGUUCCGGGGCGCCUGCUGGCCUCAGGCUCUCCGCCGGGUCGGUCUUUUUUGCGCUCGUGUCGUUUCGCCUGCUGAAUGCGCUGUUGCUGCGCACGUUUUUCCAACCCGAUGAGUUCUUUCAGUCGCUGGAACCCGCGUGGCAGAUGGCCUUUGGGGAGGACCGGGGGGCGUGGAUCACUUGGGAAUGGAAACACCACUUGAGAUCUUCGAUUCAUCCUCUCCUGUUUGCCGCCGUUUAUUCGACCGCAGAUUUCCUCGUGCAAGCUCUCCACCUGUCCGCCGCGACGCGUGCCGACCUCCUCGUUGCCGCUCCCAAGGUUACACAAGCCCUAUUCGCUGCUGUCGGGGAUUUCUAUACAUGGAAACUAGCUCGUUUGGCAUAUGGACGGUGGAGUCAUGAGGCAUGGGCGACACUUGCCUUGACCAUUGCCAGCCCCUGGCAAUGGUUCUGCUCGACCAGAACCUUGUCCAACUGCCUUGAAACCACCAUCACCGUGGUCGCGCUCUAUCUGUGGCCCUGGGAAUGGUUUGGGACUGUAGGUUCGGCCACCGGGUCCAAGAGAGUUACGCGCGCCGCGAGCAAGAAGGACCCCGAAUCGGAGGCCCGUGACGGGGUUCCUCUCAAGAGAUUGCGCCUGUGUCUCUGUCUGGCCGCUUUGGCCUGUAUCCUGCGUCCGACCAAUGUUUUGGUCUGGGUGAGCUUGGCCAGUGUCGCCUGGUUGCGUGGCUACUGGACCCAAAGGAAGACUCUCGCUCGCGAAGUCUUGAUUUGCGGGUCUUCCAUUCUCUCCGUUUCGACGUUGCUGGACCGCGCCUUUUACGGCACCUGGACCUUCCCACCACUCAAGUUCCUCUACUUCAAUAUCGCGCAGUCGCUGGCAGUCUUCUAUGGAAAGAAUGACUGGCACUACUACAUCUCCCAGGGCUAUCCUCUCCUUCUGACCACCGCGCUCCCAUUCGCCAUUGUUGGUCUGUACCGCGCAUUGAAGCAGCGGUCUCUCUUGUCAGACAACCCGCAAGCUUCAAUGCAGACCCAACUAGGGCUGAUCUGCCUGGUCAUGCCGUUCACCCUCUCCUUGAUAUCUCACAAGGAAGUGCGAUUUAUCUACCCAUUGCUCCCCUCGUUGCAUGUCUUGACCGCUCCGCCACUGGUAUCCUUCUUUCUGCCGGUAUCUCACACGCCUCGACGACUCACUCUGCUCUUCCUUCUCCUCGCCAACCUCGCCGUCGCUGUAUACACCACCAUCUACCACGCAUCGGGCACCCUCUCCGUCCUCUCCUACAUCCGCUCUCAACAUCUAUCCCAUAGCCGUGUCCCCGCCGCUCCCAAUACCCACCCCGGAGCAGGUCCCACGGCGGGCUUCCUCAUGCCCUGCCACAGCACUCCCUGGCGCUCACAUCUCGUCAACCCCGACCUCCGCGCCUGGGCUCUCUCUUGCGAUCCGCCCGUCGGUCUCAACGCCACUGAAAAGGAGACGUACCUCGACGAAGCAGAUCAAUUCUACGCCGACCCGGCCCAGUUCCUCCGCAACAACAUGCUCGGCGGUACACGCCACGUCCCUCGUCAACCAUCCUACACCGACCCACAAUACCAUUACUCGUCGCGCAUGGCCCCAUCUCUCACCACGACCGAAUUCCAAUCCAUGUCCCUCCACCCCUGGCCCGACUACCUCGUCUUCUUCGCCGCCCUGGAACCAACCCUCAACAACAUCCUCUGGUCCAGCACCUACCGUGAAUGCCACCGCGUCUUCAAUACCCACUGGCACGACGACUCGCGCCGGAAAGGCGACAUCAUCGUCUGGUGUCUCGAUCCCAACGAGCAGGCCGCCUGGGCCAGCGGGAAGCUCCGCCGCGAACGAGAAGCCAAGGAGCGCUACUUCGAGCGCGCCAUCGAGCACAUCAAACGCCAGGCCCCGGGACAGAGUGACCGCUCCCCCUCCAUCUGGCAGCGGUGGACGAAGCCUGCGCCCAAAACUUGGUCGUGGCCUAAAUCCUUGUCGUGGCCUAAGUCCUGGUCCUGGCCUAAAUCCUGGUCUCCGUCUAAAGCUCCGUGGGCAGCUCCAAGUUCUUCGUGGCUAGAACGAUCGUGGAACUGGCCGUGGGAGCGUCGCAGGCGAACGGUCCUGGGCGUUCAGCUGCCCGCUUGGCUGGACGAUCGGAUCCCCGAUCUCUCGGGCCUGUGGGAGAAGAAAAAGUAUUCGAGGAUCGAGGAUCGGGAUUAUUGGACCUGAUCUGACAUGCCUUGAUUUGCUUCGUUGGGAGUUCUACGUAGGAUGUCCUGUACUGGUACUGGUCUAUCACGUUGGUGCUAUUGUGGCGCCUUUCUUGCUUUUACAAGAUACCUUCUCUUCUCCGUGAUCAUCCUAUCUUACCUGAUUUACUUCGAGUAUAUAGUUCUAAUCAACACCUUAAUCUCUC